AUGGCCAUUGAUGCUGACGCCGACUUCAACCAGGCCGGCCAGAUCUGCUCUCUUAUUGGCGGUCGACUAAUCCAGACGAAGAAUCAGUUCGAGAAUAUCGUGGCUGGAUCCCAGCUUUUUGAUGUCCUUGCUGGCAAAUCCACCUUCAUCGGCAUUCGCAGAAUUAAUGGAACUUGGAGCUACGCCGAUGGAACACCAUUGACGUUCCAGAAGUGGAAGAGCGCGAAUGAAACGAACCAAGUCGGUUUUGACUGCGCGAUGAUGCAGGGCAACGACUUCUCGUGGUAUUCGACAAAGUGCGAGCUGAAGUGGCCAUUCAUCUGCACUUUUCCGGAUGGAAGGGAUGGAAACUGCCCAAACGGCUGGAAAUUCUACCAACGCACCAGCUCCUGCUACUGGACUCCGGCCCAAGGCGCUCACCUCGUCUCGAUUCACAGCGACCAGGAGAACAGAUUCGUGCUGAACCUUGUUGCGUCGGUGCGCCAAAAUCAAAACGUGCAGAACUGCGACCGGAAGCCGUUCAACCAGGUGCUGAUCGGCCUCAACGGCACCGGAACCGAGCACUGGACCGAUGGCUCGGCUUUUGAUUAUGAUCACAGGAACAGUGGAGCUUACACUUAUGGGUUCGUCAACGACCCGCUGUGCUACCAGGACGAGUUAUCACUUUCUACCUUACUGCUGGCCAUCAUCUCGGCCAAGUACUGCCCGCCCGGCUCGAUCGACUACAGCGAUGGGAAGGAAUGCGUGAUGGUCAUUGAUGCCCGAGCUGACUACGCAACCUCUCAACGUCUCUGUGGUCUUAUGGGAGGUCGCCUAAUCCAAGCACAAAAUCAAUUCGAAAAUCUUGUAGCUGGAUCCCAGGCCCUUGAUGUCCUCAGCGGCCACGCCGCGCUGAUCGGCGUCAUCCAGCUGAACGGAACUUGGAUGUACGGCGAUGGGACGCCGUUGAAGUACUCGAAGUGGAAGACGCCUAAUGAGCCUACCCUACCCGGGCAAAACUGUGCCUACAUGCAGGGAAACGACUUUGCCUGGUAUUCGACGAAAUGCCAGCUGAAGUGGCCUUUCAUCUGUACCAUCUCGGAUCAAUCGGAUCUUCGCUGCCCCACCGGCUGGAGCUUCUACCAGGGCACCGGAUACUGUUAUUACACCCCGGGCUACGGAGCGCACCUCGCUUCGAUUCACAGUGCCACGGAGAAUCGAUUUGUUUUGAACCUCCUCCAAACUGCUCGCGAAAAUCAAGGAGUCGCCCUAUGCGGUAGCGACUCGUCGAUGUCGAUUUUGAUAGGACUCAACGGAACCGGAAAUUACCAUCAUUGGACCGAUGGGACGCCGUUUGACUACGAUAGAAGGAAUAGUGGAGGAUAUACCUAUGGGAUCGAAAACGACCCCCUGUGCUACAAUGAACGCUGGCUGAACUGGGACAAAGAUUCCGUAUACGGUAGCUAUGUCUGCAAGAAGAUGGCUGUC